AUGGAAAUCGUAACUGAAGAAGAAAGCGAUAUAGAAGUGCUUGAGCUUCAAGGCGAUGUCGAAAACAUGGACACAUUCGAUGGAUGCUUCAACAAGGAUCUUGUGCAGCUUGAGUUUCCCACAUUUAUAUUGCAAGGAAGAAAGGUCCACAAGGAGCUAAGCAUUCUUCAAAGAGACAUUGUCAACAGUACUCCCUGCAUAAAGCUGGUAAGGAAGCUCAAGACAGUCUAUCUAUUUGACAAGCCACCAAGAUAUAGAAGAUGCAUCGUAAACAGCAACAAACAAGCAAAAGAUCCGUUCUAA